UAUUGCAAAUAAGAGGGCUAAAAUUUUAUAUCAUGAAUGUUUUAAAAGAAUUAACUUUUGUUAGGAAUGACCAAUUUUUAAUUUAUAUUAGAUGAAAGGUUUAACUUCAUGAAUAUUUGAGAGUUGAGGAUCUAGGAAGUUAAGCAGGGUGAGAUUAAAUUUAAUUGGCUGGUUUCACUUUAAUCUAGUUUGGGAUUUUAGGGUUUGAAUAGCUCUUCAAUCACAACUUCUUCAAAUUUUCGCGCGAAAAAUGGAUCAUGAAGGGCAACGAGGUUCUUCAAACCCCUCUGCAAUGCUCACUUCUCUCCUUAGCAAGAGAGCCAAGCUUCAAAAGGAGCUUCGAAAGAUUGAAAAACAGGUCUAUGAUAUGGAGACAAAUUAUUUACAGGAUCCAAGCCAGUGUGGCAAUGUAUUGAAAGGUUUUGAAGGGUUCCUAUCUUCAUCUAAGAAUACUGCACUCUUGAAGCGGUCUAGGAAGUUCCAGCCUGAAGAUAGGCUCUUUUCAUUAUCUUCCGUCUCCUCGCCUGCAGCCGAAGAGCUAGCAACUGGACGAGAUGAUGGGAGAUCAGAUUGUGGUGUUGGUCGUCCUAAGGGUGGAGGAAUAUACGCAAAUGGGCAAGGAAAACCAAAGAAGGGAAGAGGUGGACUAAGAGAAGCCAAGAGAAUCAGAGCCUCAGUUGAUCCAGAUUUUGACUAUGAUGAUGAUCCUGAUUUGACAUUCUGAAAUCACCCUGACCGGACGCUAUGGUGGCGGACCUUUGUAUGAUCAAGAGGUUCAAGCAAACAGAGCUUCUAUCAAUGCUGCUAGAUGUUAAUGCUACAUGAGGAAGGAUCAGUUGCUCCUCUUUGUUACAACUGUUUCUUUUCUCUUAUUUAUUUAUUAUUUUUUAAUGUAAAGGAUGACAAAAUUUCACAGCCUCAUCUAUGCUAUGUCAUAAACGAUUAAGCAAGAACAAUAUUGUCUGUGAACUUGCAAGAAAUAGCACUCUAUGUGAUCAUGUUGAGUGAUGUACGCGAUUGAGGGAUGUGCAGUACAAGUCUUUUUUAUUGCAGAG